UUGUCCUUUAAUAGCACUAAAGGUAAGGGGAAAAAUAUGUAUUUUUCAUUUUGGGGUGAACUGCCCCUUUAAGCAUUAUUAUAGCACAAUCACUCAACAGCUCAGCCUGCAAUGGGGUUGGGACAAUGCAUUGUCCAAACCUCAUGGAAGGUAUCAUUUUUAAAUGCUUGAAAUUAAUCAUACAUAUGUGAAGGUCACCUCGGUAUUGAAAGAACUUUCAGGUUAGCAGUGUCAAGUGUGAGAAGAAAGGGCAGGACUAAAGGACAAGAGGCCAACAGCUGCAGGACGACAGUCACAGUAGCAUUAUGACUUUGUAUUGUUUUCAAGAAGCAUCUCUUAAAUCACCAUUAUCACUUACAUUCUCUCCCAGUCAUAUUGAACAUUCAUCACCUUAAGUCUUUCAUUUUGAUUGGUACUUUUAUAGAGAAAAAGCAUAUGAGUCUCAACCUGAAGAUGAAUCCAGUUAUUCAGCAGAACCUUCAAAUGUUUCCACCACACAACCUAAUGUCUCUGAAGAGGUUGAUUUAACUGAAAGCACAGAUGAAGAAGAAGAAGAAGAAGAAGAAGAAGAAGAAAGAAGAUGAUGAUGAUGAUGAUGAUGAUGAUGAUGAUGAUGAUGAUGGAGAAGAUGAAGAAGAAGAAGAAGAAGAAGAAGAAGAAAAACAUGAUAUUACAGAGAAAGGUGUUAUUUCAGCAGUGGGAAAGGGACAUUCAGAAGACAAAUCAGUCAACUUGAUCCCAGCUGCAGAUGUACAGCCAGAUGAGCUGAGUGGGACAGAGGAGGAGAAAGACCCAACAAUAACUACAUUUGAUCAAGUUGACAGGGCAGCUAAUAGAGUGGAUAGCAGCUCUGCUCCAGACCAAAAUAUACCUAAGUCUGAGCUAGAGCCCACUGACUUGUUAUCAUUAAGAGGGAUUUCAAAUUUAGAUGUGUGUGCUCAGGAGUUAGGAAUGGCAGAAGAUGAUGGAGGUGAUGAACAGGAGAUUGCAGUUGUAGAUGAGGAGAUUGUAGACUCGGAAGAAGAGGAAAAUGCUGGGGUUGAAGAACCUGUGGAGGUCUUUCCAUAUUCUGAUGUUAAUGUGUGUGCUACAGAGCUCAGAGGAACAGAAAGAACAAUGGAAGGAGCCACUGCUGAAGAUGAUACACGUGUCAUUGAUGAGGACAGCUCAAAACCCCAACCAGAGGAAACUUUUGCACAAUCAUUGUCCCACUCUGACACCCAUGAGGGCAAUCAACAAGAAGCAGAAGAUCAGAUAGAAAAAACAAAGGAGGAGGAAGGACCAGAUACUGAGGCUUCUUCUGGGGGAAUACAUGAAAGUUUAGCUCAUGUAGAGGGUGGCUUAGACAGUAAUGUUAUAGCAAAGGAGGAUUCAUUGGUUGAGAUUAGCUUUGAAGAUGUUCCAGAUGUUCAGCAGAUUCAAGAGUUUGAGGAGAAACAGCUAGAGGAAGAGGGCUCAGUAGAGGUCUUACAGGCUAACGUAUUAGAAACGCAACAGGAGGAAGAGUCGAAAGAGCCUACUGCAUUGGCAACAGACCAAAACAUAUCUAGCACAAUAGACCAUGAUGAACCUGAAAUGAUUGGAGUUGAAAAGGAAGUUAACUCUGAAGGGGGGGAAAUGAAAAGUCAGCACGAAGCAUCUGAUAUAAUGACGGAGAAGGUGGACACAAAUGAUUCUAAUUUAAAGGAUAGUGAUGAUGAUGAUGAUGAUGAUGAUGAUGAUGAUGAUGAUGAUGAUGAUGAGAAGCACAAAGGUGUUAAAACCAUCAGCUCAGCAUCACAUCAGCCCACCAACAAGACAGACAAACAGAACCCAGAGUAUGAAACCGAUCACAAAAAUGAAGAUAAUGAGAAGAUAAGUGAAGGCGAAUUUCACCAAGAUGAGGAUUCUGAAAAAGAGGCAAAAUCAAACAACCCUAACUUCAAAGAAGAUGAGACAACAGACCUGGUUGGAGGAGACAAAGAGGACAUACAUACAGAAGGAUAUAGUAUGGUGGAGGAUCAAGAAAUUAAUGAUGGUGGUGUGGAAUAUCCCUCAUCACAAGUGACCCAGUCAAAUAUAUCAACUGCUGCAAUGGAGACGGAGAGUGAAACUUUAGAGACAAGUGCACUACAUCUACCAAAGGAGAACGAGGCGAGUCAGAGAACACCUGUAGAGUCACAGCCAGAGGAUACAGUGAUAGAAAAAGAGGUCACAUCAAAGGAGAGAAGUUUAGAAGCAGAGGAACGUGUAGAAGAAGGAAAGGUUGAAAUACAAGAGAAGAGUGAUGCAAUGUGUGAAGAGGGAAGCAUCAACCCCGCUCAGAGUGUAGGUCGGCCGGCUGCAGACCACCAAGGAGAGGAGAGGCCACUUGGGUCUGGAAAGGACUCCACAGGCCCUGAAGGCAAGAGUGGUGACAAGGGGCGUCUUCCAGAUGCUGUUUGAGGCCUUUGCUCUGCCGCAUGCUCAUAAAAGUGUAAUACUGCUUCUAGUUCCAAUCUCCUCAUGGGAGCCACCACAGCCUCCACAGAUUGAAACUUAAUUCAGUAAUCUGUCAUCAUAUAAGACCGACUGGACAAUUUGUCUUGUGAAUUUAGGCCUUUAACAUUUUUACUGCUGUCACAGUUAGCCCUGUCUGAUUUGUCUGGACAAAACACACACGGAGGGGAGUGUAGGAAGGGGUACUAAGAGUGUUUCCAUGGUAACCCCUUACCAUCCUGCUCCCUCUUAGUGCCGUCAUGGAAUUAAUAGGAGAUGGUGAUGCUGAUAGUUGCUAGGCACCAUCUCUAUCAGCAAUCUACCUUAAUAGCAGUUUUUAACUGACACUUUGUGUAUAUGUACGUACCAAACAUACAGUGGCAGAAGUGAUUUCAGCUGAAACAAAGCUACCACAAAACAGUACAAUACAUAGGCCAUCUAUUCUAACAGUGACCUAGCUGCUGUAUCUUAGAUGCUUUGUCUAUUCUUUUUAUUUUAAUUUCUAUGUCUUUAAUUCACUGUUUACCAGUGCCUGCAAUGAUGUUCCUAUAGCCUUAUCUUCAUUGGAGAAUACUGUUCGAUACAUUAAUGAUUAGGCUAAUAUGAGCAGACUACCAUGAUUGAUUACAGUAAACUGAAUUACACGGUGGUGAUCGUUCCUUCAGAUUAACAGUGAAUUGAUCGAUAAAGCAAGUCAGCAUUGUGAAAUUAAGCGUGAGGAUAACUUAACAUAGAGAGCGUUAAUAUCAGAUAUAUAACUCAGAUAAAGGGAUGUUUUCUGUUUCCCUCUCCGUCUUGUCUCUGAGGCUGGCAAAGGAGUGUGGGCGGCCAUACCAGCUGGGAUCAGAGGGAUGGAGAGGGUUGUUAGCUCACUCUGCCUCUAAUAAAUGUAUAACACCUCUGAGUGUAAAACAGUCCAAGAUGCUUACACUGUUUUAUUUUCAUGCUAUUAGUAGAAUUUAAAGUCAGCAUUUAUUGUUUAUGACCAUCUGGCUUUUUACACAGUAUUUCUAAGUUGGUCAUCUGUUUUUAUUUGUGGAGUUUAGUGUUGUAACACUGCAACUUGUGAAUUUUUAUGAUGCUCAGUAAAUGUGAUAGUCACUCUGUGAUUUCCUAAUUUAUAUCCAGACUGUAUAGUUCAUCAUUUGCACGUGUUUCAAAACGGUCAAACUUGAAAUCACUAAAAUAAUCUACACAUUUAGCAUGUUUCAGUUACUUUUCUGAAGUCUUUAAGCUGUGCUCGGUGAAUGUUAAUGCGAACACUGUAGGACAGCAGCCUUAAUGGGACUGAAAAGAUGGAAUGCUUGCUGUCAUGUUUGUAGGAGGUCUCUCUUUCCCUCCCUCCCUCCCUCCCUCUU